UUCUCAUAGAAAACUGUCAGUUGGAACCCCACCUAUUCCUUGAAUAAAUCCGUUAAUAAAAGAAUAAUAUUGCUGGGUUGUGGUGUGUUUGAUAGGCGUGUGUACGUAUGCAAUUUAAUGGUUUAGUGUGUAUACAUCAUCACCGAAAAUAGUCUGUUACCUAAAGACCUCGACCGCGUUUCGUUAAGCGUCGCGUCGCCGCGUUUGUCCAUUCUUGUUUGCGACUCUCUAAGAGUUAACUGUGUGUGAACUAGAAAAAAUUCGAGAGCACCAGUGAAGUGCAGCAAUCGUUCGUCUGAAAUUCAAAUCGUUAAUCAAAAUGACAUCGAGAACGAAAAAAGGCUCGACACCUGUGUCUCAAACGACGCCUUCCAGCGGCCGUCCUUCUAGCCCAUUGAGCCCUACAAGGGUUUCCCGUUUACAAGAAAAGGCAGAAUUACAAAACUUAAACGAUCGAUUGGCCACCUACAUUGACAAGGUACGUUAUUUAGAAGCGGAAAAUAGCCGGCUUUCACGGGAGGUACAAUCCACGCAAGAAACAGUUACGCGGGAAAUUCAAAAUAUUAAGUCCAUGUACGAUCAUGAAUUAUCUGACGCACGAAAAUUGUUAGAUGAAACUCAUCGUGAAAAGGCUCGCUUAGAAAUCGACACCAAACGUUUGUGGGACGAAAACGAAGAAUUAAAAGAAACGCUUGCUAAAAAAAGUAAAGAUCUUGCUCUAGCGGAUAAUUCUGUUCGCGUUUUAGAGACUCGUAACAACGACUUAACACUAAAAUAUAAUCAAGCCCAAAAUGAUGCUAAAAAGGCAAUGAGUGAACUGCGUGACCUUGAGAAAGAACGGGAUAAGCUUAAAAAACAAAUCGAGGAACUUCGCAAGCAAUUGGAAGAGGAAUCACUUGCUAGAGUAGACGUAGAAAACAAUAAUCAAAGUUUACGCGAAGAGUUGUCCUUCAAAGACCAAAUUUACCAACAACAGCUGACGGAGACUCGUACCAAACGUCAAAUAGAGAUAAGCGAAAUCGAUGGUAGAUUAGCUGAACAGUACGAAGCUAAAUUGCAACAAGCAUUGCAGGAAUUGCGAGAUCAAUAUGAAACCCAAAUGGCCAAUAACAGGCAAGAAAUCGAACUGUUGUACGAAAGUAAAAUUAAAAAUUUGCAAAGUGCAGCUAACCGCAAUACUGGCGCCGCUUCUGCUGCUCUUGAUGAACUCCGUCAAACACGAGUACGUAUCGAUUCCCUUAAUAAUCGAAUAACCGAAUUAGAAAAUCAAAAUUCGGCUCUAGCAAGUCGCGCUAGGGACCUGGAGAAGCAGCUAGAGAAUGAGCGUAUUCGUCAUGCUGAAGAUCUCGCCCUCUUGGAGGACGAAUUGGCACGUUUACGAGACGAAAUGGCUCAGCAAUUGCAAGAGUAUCAGGAUCUCAUGGACAUAAAAGUGUCUUUGGACUUGGAAAUAGCUGCAUAUCGUAAGCUUCUGGAAUCAGAAGAAGCGCGACUCAACAUCAGCGGGAAUGCUGCAGCUGAACUGCAGCGAUCAGUUCGAGGAAGCUCGACAUCCUCGCAAAAACGUUCGACACCCUUAAGAUCAUCGGCUGGUGUUGGUUCAAAACGCAAACGUACCCUAAUGGAGGAAAGCCAAGAACACAGUAUGGCUGAUUACAGUGUAUCAAACUCUUCAAAGGGCGAUGUUGAAAUAUCGGAAGCCGACGCCGAAGGGAAAUUUGUCAAAAUUCACAAUAAAUCCAACAAGGAAAUAUCACUAAGUGGCUGGCAGAUUGUCAGGAAAGCAGGAGAACUGGAAACUGUACACAAAUUCAAUCGUGGUGCAAAGAUCGAACCCAAAGGCGAAAUCACCAUUUGGUCGUCAGAUAUCGGCAAGGAUCACGAACCCCCAUACAACGUGGUGCUUAAGGGACAGAAAUGGUUUGUCGGGGACAAUAUGACAACGAAAAUAAUUAAUAGUAAUGGAGAAGAAGUGGCUAUAUCAGAAAGGUGGGUUAGCAGUACUUCAAAUAGUUUGACCCGUUGGAGGUGGUAAAAAACUGACAAUAGGGUUGGAUGAUGAAGUUCUGCCUUCACUAUUCUAAACUGUUCUAUUUUGUUUAGUAGUUAAUGUUAUGUUUCACCUUGAUAUGUUAUUUUGGUAGGUUUUUGUGUGGGGCCAAAGGGGUUCAUUUUCUCAUUUAAAAGUUUCCUUUUAACAUGCAUUUGGUAAAGAUAUUACAAAAACAAAUACCGUUCUGUGAAUUAGUUGUCUACAAACGAAAAACCCACAAAAUGUAAAUAAUUGAGUCUAAUUUAUUUAGCUUUUUUUUUUGUUUUCAAAGUGCAUUUAUAUUAUGAAAAGCAGAGUCUGUUCGUUUUUUUGGUAGAAAUAUACCUAGAUACUGAGAA